UUUACCAGUGUUUACAAUUACUGCUCCCUGGCAAUUAGCUGUGUUGAAUAAUUGUCUUUGGAAGUUUUCACCUAGCUGCAAUACUACUGGGUAUUGGUAUGAUGGACUCCUGCUGAACUCGAAGGAAUGUCACGUCUUCUUCUGCAGGGUGUGAAAUCACCCCUACUCGCAGUCGAAUGUCAAAGAUAUAUUCAUACUUCAGCAAAUAGUCUUGCUGGUGGGGAUUUCAGAAAGCGAAUUGGCCUGCCUGCCGAUAGUGUGUCUUACGGUCCACUGUGUGAUAUUCCAGACUGGUCAUACGCAGACAAGAAUGAGCCGACACCGCUUAGUUCCAAUGCUGUCUUCCGUGACAACAGGCGGCGCUUUAUCGCGUCAAUGGUGGAAAUGGCCGUGAAUGAGAUGAUGAUUGGAAAGUAUCAACAUGCCCUGAGUAUGCAGCUGCGGCCGCAUGAACUCACCAUGCAUCCAAAGAGACUCGAAGCCAACAUCGAACGCUCCAGGGAUGUACCCAUUCUCAGUGCCACCGCAGAGGACAUUCCACAGCCGCCGAAUGUGGACAGGGACGAAGGCAAGCCUAUCUUGUAUACACUGCAGGAGGGCAGAGCGGCAGCCAAUCGCCGUGCCAGAAGCAGCAAGCUGGCCAUGUUUGAAGUCAUGAGCCAAGACGCAAUCAAGAAGCAGCUCGAGUCAACGUGAUGAUGUUAGUAGUUUAAGAUAGAGCAAUGACCUGUGAGCUUCCUGCCGCUUCGUGCCUAGCAUGCAUUGCCUGUACACGCAAUUCAAACGAUACGAGUACACGCACACAGUCCAUGUGAUGUACAUGACGAUCAUGCAUGGUGUAUCACUGCAUCCGCUCGCUGGGUCCAGCAGCCACAGUAAUCACAGCAGCGUGCUACAGCAGUGGGCAUCUCGCAUCAUGACAUGCGUGACACCCUAACUCUCGCCCUUAUUUACCUGUGUGGGUGUCAAACUUGACAUCCUUUUUUGGGCAAUUUGCGAAAUUAUGAAUUACAGUUGUACUGCAGUAAAACCUGUCAAGUUGACCCCUGUGAUAAAGCAACCACCUCUCCCGGAGGACCACUACAA